ACCGCGAUGGCUGAUCGAUACGAGAAGAUUGAAAAGAUAGGAGAGGGGAGUUAUGGCCAAGUAUGGAAAGUCAAAUUGAGAGACGAUCCAGCCAACUCCAAAAACAAGUUCGUUCUGAAAUUAAUCAGGCUGGAGAAAGCGAACAAGAAGGAAAGAGAGUAUGCGGAACAAGAGGUUAAACUUCUCAAGACACUCAGUCACCCCAACAUAGUCUCAUUCAAGGAUCACUUCUGGUAUGACUCGAAACAGACGCAGCUGGGGAUAGUGAUGAGUUUGUGUGAGGGGGGAGACCUCUACAAGGUGCUGAAGAGCAAGAAGGGAGGGGGAAAGUUAAGCGAACAUGAAGUGAUGCAGUGGUUCAUUCAGAUUGCACUCGCAGUUCAGUACCUCCAUAGCAAAAACAUUCUGCACCGUGACCUCAAAACCCAGAACAUCUUCCUCACCCGAUCCAACCUAGUUAAAUUGGGGGACUUAGGGAUUGCGAGGGAGUUGAAAGAGGACGAGAUGGCCAGCACCCUCAUAGGCACCCCAUACUACAUGAGUCCAGAGAUAUUCCAGAACAUUCCUUACAGCUAUAAGUCCGACAUUUGGUCUCUUGGCUGUAUCCUGUAUGAGAUGACGUCACUCAAACAUGCCUUCACAGCCCACGCAUUCAGCUCACUAGUCCAUAAAAUCAUCAACGGAGAGCCUCCAAAAAUGCCGACUGGCUACAGUAAAGGUGUGUGUGACUUGAUCUCCCGGAUGCUGAACAAAGAAAUAGAUGCCAGACCAAGUGCCAGGGACAUCCUGCAGACACCGUUUGUACAGGAAAAAAUCAAGAAGUUUUUGGAGGACUCACAAUCCAAACAGAAACGGCCCAGCAGGUAA